AUGGCAAUAGAACUUCCUCCAGAAAUUUUAAUGAUAAUUUUUAUUUAUUUAACUCCUUCUGAUCUUUAUACAAUUUCUUCAGUAUGUAAAAAAUUUAGAUCCAUAUUAUGGCCAAAAACUGAAAUAUCUCAACAUAUUUGGCGUAAAUCAAGAUUACAUCAUAUACCAUUCUUAAAUCGUUCUCCACCAAAGUUAUGUACUACAACGUCAGGUACCGAAGUGAUGAGUGAACAACAAUAUCUUUGGUUGAUGAUUAUAUGUGAAAAAUGUCAAUUCUGUGAACAAAAAGACAAAAUUAAAUUAACUCUUUAUUGGGAAGCCAAAUUUUAUUGUUGUUCAACCUGUUUACAGAAAAGAACUAUUAGUGGUUAUAAAUUAAUACAAGGAUUUCCAAAAGUUUUAAUAAAAUUCUUAAAUGAAUUGCCAAAAAUGCCCGGUGUGGCUAAUUGGGAACCACAAUUGUAUUUUGAGUCUGAAGCAAAAAGGUUAUUAGAAGAAUAUAAUCAAGUGAGGGAAUAUGAAAGAGAUGCAUGGAUUGAAAGGAAAGAAUCUAUAACCAAAGAAACAAAAAAAGAAAUUAAAAUUUAUAGAGAAUUUCAUUCGGAAUUUAAAUACAAUUUUCGUGAAGUGGCUCGAAAAAUGGCACUAGAAAUAGAAGCAGAGGAUUAUGAGGAUAAAAUCAUGGGUUUAAAAGAAUUCAAAAAUUUUUACUGUACUCAAUUGGCAACCCCUUCCAAAUUUAUCAAACAUACAAAGGUUUAA